UGUUUGUUGACUGCUUGAGGGACUGCACAUUUUACAUAUCAAAAUGCUGGCAUUAAGAGGCUUGUACAGGCUUAUUGUGGUGUGCAUGUUACUCAGUAAGCUGGAAUCAAGGACUCUGGACUGGCUGGACGGUGGACAUAAGGAAGUGAAAGAGGGUGAUGCUCGUCUGGUGGGAGGGAAAUCUCCAUCCGAAGGACGGGUGGAGGUGUUCCACGCUGGUAGCUGGGGGACAGUGUGUGACGAUGACUGGGGAAUUGAGGAGGCGCAGGUGGUGUGCAGGCAGUUGGGUUUCCGUGGAGCCAUUUCAGCAGAACCAGGAGCAAAGUUCGGACAAGGUUCUGGAAAAAUAUGGCUGGAUGAUCUGGGAUGCAAAGGCAGUGAGAGCUCCCUGAGCAUCUGUGCCUUUAAGGGCUGGGGAGUGACAGACUGCUCCCAUUCAGAGGAUGCCAGUGUGGUGUGUGAUGUUGAUCCAGCUUUUAACAUCACCAAGAGCUACUCUCUGGAUCACAGCAUUGAGCUCACUGACCAGUUGGGGGAGCUGUUUGACAGUGGCAAGGGUUGUGAUUUCACCCUCACAUUCUCCUAUACCCCGGAGGAUUCACUGGAGGUGGAGACAGUUAUGGACAUGGCUAAUAACACAAAAGAGACCAUCUGUGUACAUCGCUUGGUACUCUCUCUCUUCCCAAAGUUUGUUUUAAUCAACUCAAGCUAUGAAAUGGAGAUCAGCUCAAACUGCCUGCCUUACAUCAGAGAAUUCACACGGUACCUCUACACACGCACUGUCACAGUCACCGUCUCCUCCAUGCAGUGUCUUCAUCAACUGGCUUCUGAGUUCGGCGCAGUGCGUCUGCUGGAAGACAUUGGACGUCUCUUUGUGCCCCUGCUGCCUGAAGAUACAUCCUUCCGUACACAGGUGGCGCUGUUCAAGUACGCUGGGCGGUCUGGUGACGGCCUGCUCCGUGACAACGUCUUGCGUUACCUGGGCUGGAACAUGGAGCCGCUGGUGGCUUCAGCCCAGUGGAAGAGCCUAUCAGAGGAGCUCCUGAAGGGUCUGCUGGUCCGCACAGACCUGGUGCUGCCAGACGAGGCCUGGCUGCUGGCUGCUCUAGAGGCCUGGGUCCUGGAGCAAGGUGAGGCGGUGACCCCUGAACAGCAGGCAGCUCUGCUGGGUCACCUGCGUUUCCCCAUGAUGACCCCCGAGCAGCUCUAUGAGGUGCCCUUCACCGCCCGCCUCUACAGCAGUCACAAAGAGCUGUUCUCCGCUGGAAUCCUACAAGGGUUCCAGUUCCACGCACUGAGCUUCUCUGUCCUGACUGGACAUGUGGAAGGACAAAGCGAACAGUUCCAGUCCAGGAUUUACACUGCCGAUCCCUGGAGCAUUGGUAUAAAUGGCACAGACUUUCCCUUAUAUUACUCUUCUCAAAUUGAAAAGAUACUCAAGACCCCAGUACCCAUUACAUCCACUUUUUCAUCUAGAUAUCUCCAAUGGAGGGCUAUCCUCUUUAAAUCUGAUCAGAGUUUUUCUGGCCGCCUUCAAAUAGAAAUCUAUCUGGGAGAAUAUGAAAGUCACUUCCAGUUCAGCAACAGACUAGUAUUAUACUGUAAAGGGAGAUAUGCCUUUCAUGUGCAAGAAUUUAAAAACAAUGAAGCUAAAAUCUCAGACACCAUUCAUAACACAUGCCCAGAUGAUCUUACCUACCAAUUUGUUGUUCGUCCUCAUAUGUCUGAGAAGACUGCCUCUUUGUCCUAGACAAUGUGCUCAUGUUUCUCUUUGCUUAAGAUGAUUGCAACAAAUUGUUUUCAUUCAUGUUUACAUUAAUCCAGUCUAUUAUUAGUGUAUCAUGAAAGUAAUUUUGAUGAAAAUCUAAUUUACAGAAUUAUCCUAGAAAGAUCCUAGAUUUCUCUGAAAAUUCUGCAUUCCAGAAUGUUUCUCAGUAAUGUUUUCAUUCAUGUAGAUGAUGUGUCUGUAUUAUUAAAAAAUACUCAAUGAAAUAUUCCCUUACAAAUAAACCCUCUCAAGUUGA